CGCCUACCACCCCAUCGUGUGUAACAAAUGGAACAAAGUGUUUCUCGUGAAGUUUGUCUAGAGCAUCAUCCAACUGCUAGAAACAAAGCAGUAGCUGCGAGAUCGCUGAAUGCAGGUUCUGUGAUCAUCACUGUCCCAGCGCUGUCUUCUGUUCUGUACCAGUCCGCGAAGGGACAAAGAUGUGACGCUUGUCAUAGGUUGUCGUCAUCGACAGACCGCCUACGGAAGUGUACCGGAUGCGCCGGCUACUGGUACUGCGGGACGGAAUGCCAGACGAAACAAUGGAAGGCGCACCAUAGAAUAAUAUGUAAAGAACUCAACCGCUACCUCACAUCCCCUGAAUACCAAAGCAUGUCGGAACAUGACCGAGUGGACGCGUUGCUCGUUUCGCAGCUGUUUGCACAAUUCUUUCCUAAUGGCCAGGAAGAACGCGUUCAGGACGAUCAAUUCUCCACUUUCAUGGAUCUUAUGAAAAGCCCUGCACGCCGUCAGUGCCCACCUCUCUGCAUUAAAAGAGGAACAUUGUCAGCCUCGCAAGCCAAGGCACAAGAUUUGUAUGAUCGCUUCGGGAACAACAAUUUCAUCCUCCAUUCACACUUGAAUUCGUAUGCCCAUGGCAUCUUCCCUCAAGCAAGCAGACUCUUCAAUCACUCUUGUAUGCCUAACGCUGUCGCUAAGUACAUAAUCACUCCCUCCGAGCCUGUCAGAAUGGACGUCAUAGCUCUGCGAAAUAUCGUAGAAGGGGAAGAGAUUACUCUGCCGUACCUCGAUCCUGCCCUCCCUUCCAAUGUUCGCCAAGAGGCACUCCGAUCGAAUUACGGAUUCGCUUGCAAGUGCGACCUCUGCUCCGUUACGAAUGUUGCAUCACCGAUUGUUCCUCCCCCAAGGGGAUCCGAAGAGCUUGAGAAUAUGGAGAUAGCACUCCACAUUUUCAUCUUCGGCACACCAGGAGGCACCAUCCAUAUUCCGCGAGGCACUAAUUACUAUCGUACAAUGCCGGACACGCUGACUCCGCUAUUGCAUGAAUCGUACUUGCCCGCCAUUUCAGAGAUCUUCAGUCGAGCUUCACACGAAGGACAGUAUGAAGAGGCCCUUCAUGUUGGUCCUCCGCUGCUAGCGCUAUACUUUCUGAAAUACCCACUCAAUUAUCCUCAAAUCGGAAUGCAUGCCCUCGAGCUUGCUAAGACUGCAUGGAAUGCAAUCGUGAUGAAUGUGCCGACGUCGUCACGAGAUGAUGUCCAAGCUUAUCUCGCCAUAGCCUCGCAAGUCCUGAACAAUCUUGGUCCAGAGGGAGACGGAGAUGGACCAUUAGAGGAGCUCCGUCUCCUCAAACAAGCUUUGGGGGAGAACGUUUAAGCACCUUAACACAGGCCUGCGAUCCGUCAUGAAGGAAGGUCCAUGCGGAAAGGCGACGCCGGCGAUGACAUCGCGUCGCGGUUGCGGCCAAAGCACCUUGCCUGUCAGCCUGCCCAUGCAGAAUAUCCCAUUUG